AUGGCCCAAUCCCCCGCGCACCGCCGUCUCCUCCAAGAAUACCGCGCCCUCCUCAACAACCCCCCAGAGGGUAUCACCGCCGGCCCAGUGAACGAAGACGAUCUGCUAGUCUGGGAAGCCUGGAUCCAGGGGCCCGAGGGCACGCCCUUUGAGGGCGGCGUCUUCCCCGCCGAACUGCGCUUCCCGAAAGAUUAUCCUCUUGCCCCGCCGACCAUGAAGUUUCUGAGCGAGGUUUUUCAUCCUAAUGUCUGCAUCUCGAUCUUGCACCCUCCCGGCGACGACCCGAAUCACUAUGAGCAUGCAUCCGAGCGGUGGUCGCCCAUCCAGUCUGUCGAGAAGAUUUUGAUCUCUGUUAUGAGCAUGCUGGCUGAGCCGAACGACGAGAGUCCUGCGAAUGUGGAGGCGGCCAAGAUGUGGCGGGAGAACAGGGCUGAGUAUGAGAGGAGGGUGAAGGAGAGCGUGAGGAGGAGCUUGGGCUUAUGA